UGUGUGCUGGUAGAGGCUCCGUUAACUCUGCAGACAGACGAACAACAGCGAGCGGAUCUCUGAGGUGCUGCUGCUGCUGCUUACUUUUAGGAGUCUGUCCAAUGGGGGGAAAACGACUGGGCUUGAAGUAACCGCGGAGGAAAAAUUCUAAAUAAUAAUAUUAAUAAUAAAAACUUCGACUGCCCUACAAUGAGCACGCACGACGCCUCGAAGUGACGGAUUUUUUCUAAGUUAACAGACGUCUGUUUUUUUAUUUUUUUAUUUUAUUAUUGUCUUUUUUAUUUAUUUAACUCUAGCUUUAAAAGUCAAAUCGCUGUGGCCCCUGGAGAAAGUUACCGUGCGGCGCCAUGGCUGCCCAGUGCGACACUCUGAGCGGAUACUUGCAGCAGCAGCAGUCGGACCAGGGCUCAAACAGCGAGCGCAGCACCGACUCCCCUCUCCCCGGAUCAGAGGAGGACCUCAGCGGGCCCCAUCCGCUACCAGACCCGGAGUGGACCGAGGAGAGGUUCCGUGUGGACCGUAAGAAGCUGGAAAUCAUGUUGUUAGCUGCCUCAGAGGGGAGAGUGAACGGCGGAGAGGAUUUCUUUCAGAAGAUCAUGGAUGAAACCCAAACACAGAUAGCCUGGCCUUCCAAACUGAAGAUUGGAGCCAAGUCCAAAAAAGAUCCACACAUCAAGGUGUGCGGGAAACGAGAUAACGUGAGGGAAGCUAAAUACAGAAUCAUGUCUGUCCUUGACACAAAGAGCAACAGGGUGACGCUGAAGAUGGACGUUUCCCACACAGAGCACUCGCAUGUCAUCGGCAAAGGUGGGAAUAACAUCAAGAGGGUGAUGGAGGAGACGGGGUGCCAUAUCCAUUUUCCUGACUCGAACAGGAACAACCAGGCAGAGAAAAGCAACCAGGUGUCUAUCGCAGGGCAGCCAGCAGGCGUGGAGGCAGCACGUGUAAAAAUAAGGGAGCUGCUACCUCUCGUGCUGUCCUUCGAGCUUCCAGCCAUCAUGCAAUCAGACCCCAGCUCCCCCACUGUGCAGCAUAUCUCACAGACGUACAACCUCACCGUUUCCUUCAAGCCCCCAACGCGUCUCUACAGGGCCACCGGAGUCAUUCGUGGUUCACAGAAUAAUGUCAACACAGUAAAGAGAGGCACAGCUCUGUUGCUGGAACAUCUGGCUGGUAGUCUGGCAAGUACCAUCUCCAUCACCACCCACCUCGACAUCGCGCCGCAGCACCACCUUUUUAUGAAGGGACGCAACGGCAGCAACAUCAAGCACAUCACCCAGAGGACCGGAGCCCAGAUCCACUUCCCCGACCCCAACGGCCCCCAGAAGAAAUCCACCGUCUACAUUCAGGGCACCAUCGAAUCCGUCUGCCUUGCGCGGCAGUAUCUCAUGGGCUGCUUGCCUCUGGUAUUAAUGUUUGACAUCAAAGAGGACAUUGAGGUGGAACCUCAGUGCAUCACGGCACUAAUGGAGCAGCUGGAUGUCUUCAUCAGCAUCAAACCAAAGCCAAAGCAACCCAGCAAGUCCGUGAUAGUGAAGAGUGUGGAGAGGAAUGCCGUCAACAUGUACGAAGCUCGGCGUUUCCUCUUGGGUCUCGAGAGCAACGGGGUGUCUUGUUCCUCACCCUCCCUGGCACUGAAUCCCACCACUAAUGGUCCAUCGCCGUCCCUCAUAUGCCCCGUUGGCCUGGACAUCCUGGCCUCAGCUGGCCUGGGGCUGAGUAAUCUGGGUUUCCUAGGUGCGACGGCGCCCCAUUCCCUCCCCGCCUCGGCCACCCCGAACACGGUUCUGAACAGCCUGAACUCGGCUCUGAGCCCCCUGCAGACGCCGAGCCCCAGCACCCCCACACCAGCCCCCUCCAUGUGGCCCAGUUCGCUCACCAGCACCCAAAGCUUUGCGUCCCAGCUGGUGCUGCACCCUGCAGCUCAGGCCACCCUGAACAGCAUCCUGAUGUCAGGCAUGCAGGGUUACACACUCAGCACGCCGUCUCCUCCGCCCGGCCUCGCCCCCAUAGACAAGCAGCCAAACGGGGUCCCUGAAUGCACGCUAAACGGACACGUCAAGCAUCCUGGUUACGGGAGUUUAGCGACGGCAUCCCUCACAGAGACCGUCUUAAGUCCGACUCCAUGCGACUCGGCCCAGGAGGCCAGUGGACACAGUCCCUCAGAGCCGCUGUCAAGCAAGUCUAACCCAGACGAAGGCUCUGAUACAUUUGUGGAAGUGGGCAUGCCGAGAAGCCCCUCUCACUCAGCCAAUGGGAGCGAGCUGAAACAGAUGCUGGCUUCGUGCAAGACGUCACCUGGGAAGCGACAGGCUGUGGACUUCCUGCAGGGCACCAAGAACUCCUAUCUACAUUCUGACUGCCUCCUGUCGGACGCCGAGUCCAGCUCGUCGGACGGUCCUGUGGCGGAUAAGAGGGCACCGGGCAGUGAGCGGGCAGCCGAACGGGCAGCACAGCAAAACGAGAGGGAGAGGAUCAGACUGGCGCCACAGACUUCUUUUGCCAACAUGCAGGCGUUCGACUACGAACAGAAAAAGCUGUUGGCGACCAAAGCAAUGUUAAAGAAACCCGUGGUGACGGAGGUGCGGACCCCGACCAACACCUGGAGCGGUCUGGGCUUCUCAAAGUCCAUGCCAGCUGAGACCAUCAAGGAGCUGCGGAGAGCCAAUCACGUCCCGUACAAACCCAGCAUGAGCACCACUUAUGAGGGUUCUCCACUGUCCCUCUCUCGAUCCGGCAGCCGGGAAGGCGUGGGAAAUGGCAGUGACUCGGACAACUGGAGGGAGAGAAACGGGAACGGCCUGCCGAACCACACAGAGUUCCCCUCCGCGGUCAGCAGCCCGAAGAGAAAGCAGAACAAAUCUGCUGCAGAGCAUUACCUCAGCAGCAGCAACUACAUGGACUCAAUCUCUUCAGUAACCGGCAGCAACGGCUGCAACCUGAAUUCAUCCCUGAAAGGCUCCGACUUGCCUGAGCUCUUCAGCAAGAUGGGCUUAGGGAAGUACACCGACGUCUUCCAGCAGCAGGAGAUUGACCUCCAGACAUUCUUGACUCUAACAGACCAGGACCUGAAGGAACUAGGAAUCACCACCUUUGGUGCUCGCAGGAAAAUGCUACUUGCCAUUUCAGAACUAAACAAGAACCGGAGGAAGCUUUUUGAGCCACCCAUCAGGUCCUCCUUCCUGGAGGGGGGAGCCAGCGGCCGACUCUCCCGCCAGUUCCACGCCGAAGUGGCCAGCGUCAGCGGACGGUGGUAGGCCUCAUCUGGAAACCGUCCGUGAAGACCCAGCUGUCUGUGCUCUUUUUUUUUUUUUUUUUUUCAUUGGUGCCCAAGUUUCUGCGGUUGUGUACUCCCUGCCUCCCCUCGUUUUUAUUUUUUUUAUUUUGUAAAGUGUUGCAUUAUUUUGCAGUAAAAAAAAAAGAAGUUAUUUUUAUAAAAAGCCAUAGUUGUGCCUUAAGUGCCAACUAAAGAUAAGGGAUGUUUCAGUGUUAACUCCUUCCAGAGCAUUUCUGUUGAAGGGUAACGUUGUGGUUCUGAAGAAGGGUAAUGUCCAGUAUUUCUCACCGUGUUUUGUAUUAAGGGAACAGGCAGAAUGAUUAGUACAAUCCUUUUACAGAUUGAUACUACCUGCAUUCGUGUUAUGCGAUUGUAUCAGUGACAUGCACUUUAUUACUAGAUUUUUGCCUGUGAGAGCCUUACUCCUUACAAUGAAGGAAUAUUAACUAUACUUUUUUUUUUUAAAUAAAAGCACAGAUGCAUUUUGUACCAAAAAGAAUAAUAAUUAUUAAAAGGAAGCACUUAGCCAAUGAGAUUAGGGCUCCAUCAAAUAAAGCAGGUCACCACACCGGAGCAGUGACUCGACCCACUUUAAAGGACUAGUAAAGGAUUUAAGAAGUGAGGUUCGGUUAAGAAGUUAUAAGCAGUUAUAAUAUUAACUUGAGUAGAUACAUUUUUUUAAUGUAUAUAAAUAAUUGCCGAUGUUUGAUCCUAGCUGAAGCUAACUAUAAACCAGAUUUCUUACACCUUAGAAAAUAUGGCUGUUUUACUGCCGUCACAUUUCCAUUGGACGCCUUGUUGCACAGAAACCGAAAGGUGUUUACGCAGGAAAUGAAGACCAGAGGUGGCACACCAUUAAUAAUCUUCCUCUGCAAACACUUGCUGAGAAUGGAGCAUGUAAAGCUUUUAAGCUUAUGGUAACUGUCUGAUGUAAAAGUAAGGCAAUUCUUAAAAUUGCCUUCAUAUAAUCUGCUAUGAUAAUCUCGCCUUUUAUUUAAGACAGCUAUGCUUAAAUAAACUAUAUGUUCCUCUCUCAGAAUACGUUUCACAUAGGAAGAUUACCGGUGGCACACCACCUCCGAUCCUUCAUCACCUGUUUAAAAUGUGUUUAUAAAUAAACCACCCAAUGCAGACAAAGCGACAGUUGAAGCGUUUAUAAAGAGGCGUGUUCAGAAACUGCUGUGAUGGUUUUGAGUCCGGAUUUGUUUUUCAUCUGUUUGGUCUUUGGCUUCUUUCAGACUAUCACGAUGUGUACCGGAUGAUAUUGCUAUCUAUUCCAAGUAAAAUAUUAACCGCUUGCAGCUUUUUUUCAUUACAGCCUCACUUCAAAAAUCCCGACCUAUCUCUUUAAACAAGAAUAAACCAAAGGAAAUACCUGUGGCCUUUUACCAUUGGCUGUCUUCAGUGUGUCAGUAGGAUGACAUUCCUCUUUGUCUGUGUAUCUCUAGACAAAGCAAAACUCAAUCUUUUGUACUCUUACCGCAUUAUGAUUUUAUGUUUAGUUUUGUUACUAUUUUAGGCGAAUGAGUGGAAUGUUUAUUGUUAAUCAGUUUACAUAUGUAUUUUUUUAUGUUCAUGAUGAGUUUCUAUGAUUUUAUUUUGUCUUUAUUUUUGGCAUUUAUUGCAUCUUUUACUUAUUUCUGCCCCUAAAUCUGUGGAGCCAUGAUAUGGCUGUGCCAUAACACAGCAGCAGAAAAGUGUGGAUAGGCUAAGCCUUAAAAGAGUCCUCUUUCUGAUCAUGUCAGCAGUUGCUUUUCUCCGUUUUUGGGUUUUUUUUUGGUUUUUCUUUGUUUCUGUUUUUUUUUUUUUUUUUGCUCAUAGUGCAUAUUUCAUCCAUUAUUUGUCAGCUCCAUGUGCUUUAAAUCAUCUCUAUAUUGCUUGUAUCUGGAGCGUGAGAUUCUUUGCCAAGACUUGCUUGCCAUUUUUUUUCUUUUCUUUUUUUUUUUUUUAAUUUAGAGAAAGCAAAGACCUCAUAACAGAGCAAAGCUGUGCGUUUGUAGAGUUAAGUGCCAAUGUACAUAAGUCGUUUUCAGCAGGGAGAUGUCUUGUUAAUAACACUAAUAUUUUGGUCUGACCUUCCUUGUCCAGAUAGAUCAUGCAUCACACAAAAAGUCAAUAUGACUGGUCUAGUGUUAGACUUCAUGCUAGACACAAAUAUGGAGAAAUAAAUUUGCUAAAAGGGUUGAGAUUUAAGAGAAAAACAAACAAAAAUCCGGAUUUUUCUAUUAUCGGUCCACUCAAUCUUAUAUCCAACAAACCUAGUUAAGCAGUCUUCAGUGAAGUAACAAGAUUAUGCAUGCACCGAUGUUUAUCAUCAGAGCCUUUGUCGGUUCUGUAUUCCUGUAAUAUUUUCAGGAAUGUGUUUUGAAAAGGAAAAACGUCUUUUCCCAGCAGUUCAUUAACUUGGAUAGCUGAAAUAUUAUUUUAUUUUCUGUGAUGUUCUUAAAAUAUCUCUGACUUAAUCUAGACACCAUUUCCCAGCGUCCGGAGCAUGUUCAAGUGCAAUUAAAUGGCUUGUUGUAAAGUUGUUGUUUAUAUUUGCAGUACAUUAAUUGUAAAAGGGAAGAAUGAGAACUGUAUUAGUUUAAUUGAGAGUAGAAUGUAUAAAAUCCCUCAGACAUAUCUUAUCUGAAUUCAAUUUAGAUGUAAAGAACCAGCGAUCCAUCCGUGACCAAAAACAAAACUAAGGGAAUCGAUCAGUUAUUCAUGCUUUUAGACUUGAGCCUUUUUUCUGUUUACUUUUCAACGCUCUUCACAUCUGAUUUCAGCCGUUUUCACUGAAUAAUAUUCUGACAUGGUUGCUAAUGCAGACCAGGGACAGUAGGGUUUUUUUUGUUUGUUCGUUUGUUGUCGUAUCUUUCGAGUCUUACAAAGUGAUGAAGAGAUUAAAUUAGAGUGCGCGUCUGUAUUCCGAGAGAAAAACCGGGGGGCGGAUUCGCCUCGACUCAUCAUGGUACGCACAUCCGAGCUCUCGCAGCGCUGCGACUCGUCUUCCUGCUCUGGUGGACGUUUGUUUUGUCUCCUCUCGUUGCUCAGAGGAGCUUCUAGGGUUAGCGUCUCAUCAAGUGAGUGUUGUUUGGAGAACUAUUGAUUAUGUUCCUGCAGCUCAAAUGCAGAUCAGCAAAAAACAAAACGGACAAAAAAAGAAGUUCAAUAAGUCCAAGUUCAUCACCAGCUUGUCAAGUAUUUCCCUUUAUUAGUGUUUUCUCGGUUGUGUCUAAGACUUGUAUUGUUCUUCGCAAAGGGAUGUAUUUGAAUGAAUCUUUGUACUGCAGUCAAAUGGUACAUUUAUAGUAAAUGUAAACCACUACAGGAAUUAUGUAUUAUGUAUUUCUGUUUUCUUCUUAUACAUCUGUUUUUUUUUUUGUUUGUUUUUUUUUUUGUCCGAGAAAAGGUACAAUUCUUUUCAAUGUUCCUGGAAAGAAAUGGCGUGUAAAACAUUUCCAUGAGGCCGAAGUUCUGUUCAUGUGCCUUCUGUUGAUGCUGGUGUUAUUCUAACUGUACGGUAGCAAAGACACAAGCAGAAAUCAUCCAGCAGAAAAAAAAAAAAUGUUCAAAGAUUCCAAUAAAUAUGAAGGAAAUAAAUUUAUGAAAAAAAUC